AUGUUAUGGCCAUUCAAGGUCAUUGCGGGUGUGGAUGACAAACCAAUGAUUUCCCUCAAGUACAAGGGACAUGAGAAGCACUUUUGUGCCGAGGAAAUCUCUUCUAUGGUACUCACAAAGAUGCGGGAGAUUGCAGAGACAUUUUUGGAAUCACCGGUUAAGAAUUCUGUCAUUACUGUGCCUGCUUACUUCAACGAUUCUCAGAGAAAAGCCACCAUAGAUGCAGGUCUCAUUGCUGGCCUUAAUGUUAUGAAAAUAAUCAAUGAACCAAUUGCUGCGGCUAUAGCAUAUGGCCUUGAAAAGAGAACUAAUUGUGUGGGAGAGAGAAAUAUUUUUGUUUUUGACCUUGGUGGUGGGACUUUUGAUGUGUCUCUCCUUACAAUUAACGAUAAGGUCUUCCAAGUUAAGGCCACUGGUGGAAACACUCACCUUGGAGGAGAGGACUUGGAUAAUAGAAUGGUGAACUAUUUUGUAGAUGAGAUCAAGAGGAAGAAAAAGUUAGACAUUGUUGGUAACCCAAAAGCCUUGAGGAGGUUGAGAGCUGCGUGUGAGAAAGCAAAAAGGAUGCUUUCUUUUACCGUUGUGACCAAUGUUGAGGUAGAUGCUUUAUUUCAGGGUGUUGAUUUUUCUUCAUCAAUCACUCGUGCAAAGUUUGAGGAAAUCAAUAUCGACCUUUUUGACGAGUGCAUGGAGAUUGUUGAGAGAUGUCUUAUUGAUGCUAAGAUGGACAAGAGCAGUGUUGAUGAUGUUGUCCUUGUUGGUGGCUCUUCUAGGAUUCCCAAAGUCCAGCAACUAUUGCAGGACUUCUUCGAAGGGAAGGAAUUAUGCAAGAGCAUCAACCCUGAUGAGGCUGUUGCUUAUGGUGCUGCUGUUCAGGCUGCUUUGUUGAAUGGAAGCACCAAGAAUGUUCCAAACUUGGUUCUGAUCGAUGCCGCACCUCUGUCACUAGGUUGGAAGGUAAUACAGGGUGCUAUGAGUGUAGUGAUUCCUAGGAACACGUCAAUUCCUGUCAAGAAGACAAAACGAUAUAAUACCGUUGAAGAUAACCAAACAGUGGUCCCAAUUAUGGUCUAUGAGGGUGAGAGACCAAGAGCCCUUGAUAAUCAUUUUCUUGGUUCGUUCAUUCUUUCCGGUUUACUCCCUGCUGCUCGCGGCCACUCUUAUAAUGUAACCUUUGAUGUCGAUCAAAACGGUGUCUUAACUGUUUCUGCUCUUGACAAAUCCAGUGGCAGUAAGAAUGAAAUUACAAUAACCAAAGACAAAGGAAAGUUGUCGACUGAAGAAAUUAAUAGACUGAUUCAAGAAGCCGAGGCUUUCUGUAUCCAUGAUAAGAAGUUCUUAAGAAUGGCGGAAGUAAUGAAUGCACUGGACCACUGUGUUUACAAAAUGAGAAAUGUGUUGAAAAAGAAUGAUAUUAGUUUAAAGCUUUCUUCAGAAGAAAACAAGAAGAUCAACACUGCAAUUGCAAUGGCCACAAAUUUGCUUGAUGAGAAUGACCAACAAAAUGAAAUUGAUGUUCUUGAGGAUCACUUGAAUGAGCUUGAGAGUAUGUAUGAGCUCAUUAUCAGCAAGUCCGGCUAA